UUGGGCGUGCAGGCCUGUGAGGGAGUGACUGUCACCGCGCUCCCCAGGCAGGUUCUGGGGCCGCCUGGCCGGGUCGACCAGCAUCCGCUCUUGCUGCUCCGGCCCCGGGGACCGACCAGACCUGGGCCGGGCCGCCUCCCUAGCGAGGGGAGAGGGUGUGCGGCGCCCGGGACUGCCUGUGCUCGGGUGGCCUGGCCUUGUCCCGGGUCGCCCUUUGGAGCGUGAAUGACUCCCGCCCGCGGUCCCUCCAGCCUCUCAUCCCCGAAGUGAGGAGCGGCCCGGGCUGUGCGCUGAGGGCGUUCGUUGGAGGGCACGACAGGCUCGGUGGCCGGCACGCUUGUUUCCCGGUCGUCAUGCCGGCAUGGGUCCCUCCCCCCCUCCCCCGCGACGGAUGGCUACCGCUGGCCCGUGCGGAGUCGUACUGACGAGGUCUAGACCGGCACAAGCCGUGAGGGGUGGAGCGGAAAGGGUGGCUCGGGCCCCGGCGCGUUCCUUCGCGGGGUCCGUUCGUCGGAGGCGCCUCCGUGGAAAUAUUUUUUCCCAAGUCCUGAUGGAUCCGGAGACGGUGGAUGGUACCCCACCGGUCCCCUGCUCCCGGGUGUGGCCGGGAAGGGUGCACCUGGGCCUGAGGCGUGCCCAUGUAGGGUCCCGGUCGUUGGACAAGACUUCGUUUCCCACGCUCUCAUUUCCCACGCCCUCGGAGUGUUUCCCGGUCGGUCGGUCGGGAGGUGGGGACCGGCCUGAGCUGGAUGCUGUGUCCUGGAUUUUGGGGAGCCAAGUCCCCAUCUGGAGCUCCGGACAGACCGAUACCUGCCCGCGUGGGCAAGCCGGGAAGGGUUCCCCUGGCUGGCCGGCCGGCUCCACCUCCUUCCUGUCCCUGUCCCUGUCCCUGUCCCUGUCCCCCUUCCUUGCGGUCACGCUCUCCGGGUCGACCAGAUGGCCCUGAGAGCGCUGGGUCUGGCGACUCUAGGGCAGGCCUGGGGGACAAGUGUCCAGAUGGGGGUUCCGGGGAUACCCCCACGUCCUGUGGGUGGGCCCCGCUGCUGGGCAUGGACAUUUUUCGCGGCCGAAAUAGGCCUUUUCUGUCACCAGGUAGAUGCUGACACGAUCCUCUUCAGUGCCUGUCGCUGGAGACCUUGGGCCUCUGGAUGCGUGUGGGGGGCUUUGGGCUUUCGGCCGCUGUCCAAUGCCUGACCCUGCCCUUUGCACCCCGCGUGGGGGCCGCUCGCCUGGGCCUGUGCGCCGGCUCUCGCUUGUGCAUCCAGCUGGCCCGUGCUGCGGUGUCCCCUCCGGUCUCUGGCUGACCCGAGGGCGGCAGGGCACGUGGCCCUGUGGGGUCUUCUACCCCUGUGUUGCCUCCCUGCUGCGGGCACCCGGCGGCUCGGCUGGAACAACCCCACCCUGUUGGCUCUGUGCCGCGUGUCAGGCGUCCUCCCUCCCGGGGUUGUCGGCCGCUGUCUCUCCCCUGAGAGAAGAAGGGAGGUGGGGGGGCCGGUGAGGCUGAAGCAGGCCCCCGUGGUGAUUGUCCUUGCUGGCCGCCCUCCCUCCCUCCCCCCUUCUGGGCUCUUCCCUGGCUCUGCCAGGACUGAUCGAUGUGGUGAUGUGGCGCUCUCCUGGGCUUGGGCCUAAGCCGCGCCAGGUGAGGGACGGCCGCUCGUGGUGAGCCGGGCCGCGCCUCUCAUUCUGUCCGCGGGCCCCUCGCUGCUCCUCCCCCACCUGCGGGUGGUGUGGGGGAAGGCAGGGGUGCGGCCUCCGGCCUGACCUCUGGCCUCCCGCCCUGCUGCCUUCGGGUGUCAGUCGGGGGGGGAGGCCUGGGUUCUUUGGGACGCAGCAGGCAUUCUCGCUUUGCCUCCUUGGCGUGUGCCUUGUGAGCGGUCCCUCCCCGAAGUGGGGGAGGCCUCCCUCGCUGCCAUGCUUCGCAUCCCUGCGGGUGCGUGAGCGUGCCUCCCCUGGUCCUCUGUGGUGCCCCUGGAGUACUCCGGGUUGCCUGUCAGAUGCCCGAGGCCGAGCGGUGGUGUCGUUUUCCUCUCCCAGCGGUGAGUCCCCUCGGGUCCC